AUGAAAAUGGCAUCAUCAUCACAAUUAACCAAUAUUGAUGAAACUCGUUCACGCACAACGGAUGGUGCUAUUGCAAGUAAUCGCAAUCCUCGUUCUAGUCAUGUAUCGAUAUCAUCAAAUAAACGAUCAUCAGUAAAUAAAGGUGCAAAUUCAGCUAAAGUUAAUCAAGGGAUAUUUCGACGAGCUGUUCCUCAAAUGCCACGUGCUUUAGCAUCUAUUUGUUUUGUACUCAAUCUUAUAUUACCAGGAACAGGGACAUUAAUUAGUGCAUUCGCUGUUUUUUGUUGUGGCAAACAUGAUUAUGAAAAAAAUAUUGUUGCAUGUUUAUAUAAUCUUCUUGCAGCUCUUUUACAAAUUGCAACUAUUUUCUUACUAGUUGGAUGGAUUUGGUCAGUUCGAUGGGGUAUACUAUUUAUUCAAUUAUCAGGUAAUAAAAAUAAUACAACACAAGCAACACCAUUCUAUGUACGUCGUCAAUCAAGUGUUGAUACCCAUACUCAACCAUUUGUAACACACAUGAUUGCACCACGUGUACCACCCGUCAUUGAAGAUACAAAUGAAUUUGAUGGUGUAUGA